GAAGUGACAUGUUCUUGCCUGUAAGCACUCUGGCAUCCGAUCCAUACUUCGCUUCACUUCCAGCACAACUUUUUCUCCGGUGAUACUUUGACUUUCUCUUCCACACUUCUCUUCUCACUGACUUGUUUUCUCCAUCUGGUUCAGCUUCGACAUCACCAUCCUCCAUCAAUAGGUUCUACAUUGCUUGUCAUUGACAACAUGGCGUCACCGUCAGACGCAGAAUCAAAGCACCUCGCCAAAGAUGCUCUCUACCUCUUCGACAUCCUCCGUGAAUCUCCUACACCUAUCGUGGUAAGACUUCCAUUGUAUUGCCCCUCCUUGAUGCUACCGUCACCCAUACUUGUCACAGUGGCCCUUAACCAUGACACUAAUGACAUCCUCCCACAGAUCAACAUUGCACCAUACGCCGCCAAGACAGGGGCAAAGACCAAUACCAUCUUGAAGCACCUCGGUGAGAUCAAGAAGCGCCACAAGCUCAAUCUCAUCACCACGACUAAGGGCUCAAGUGACAGCAUUCCGAAACCAAGAGCAGCUGCUACCGGCCAGACAAAGAAACCUCGUGCUACGAAGAAGGAACCUGAGGUCAAAGCCGAAGCUGAAGAUGUCGCCGCCAUCGGUCUCCCAUCUCCAGCAGACUCUCCUCAGCGUGAGGGCAGUAUGCCAACUCCUGAGUCUCAGAGGAAGCGCAGCGCCGAUAGUGGUAUCGACAUGGUGAAGGAGGAACAAGACAACUGGCCGCCAACCAAGAGAGUAAAGACUGAGCAGAUCUGAUCAUAUCAACCAUCAACAUGCCUCCCGCUCAGUGGUUGCCUUCAGAGUAUUGAGCUGUCUUUGUGGACGAGCACCCAAUGCAGGAAUGAUUUCAAUCGCGUGCUGAUCAUCAGGAUUCUGGCUCUGCUGAAGGAUCAAAUUGUACAAUAGCUAGACAACAAGCGUUGAAGGGCUCGAAGCACCCAGGACGAUACCUGGAUAUGCUGGAUGUGAUGACACGGAACCAACACAUCAUUUAGAUACAUCAGUCAUCAAG